AAACAAACAAGUGUUCGGGAUGCAAAUAAUAUAAAAUAAUGAAAAAUUUUAUUAAAUAACUUAGUAUAUUAUUUUAUAAAUAGACUUGAGCUACUCAAUAUAAACAUGAGUAAUAUGAAUAACAAACCACCAGGUAAUAUUGGUUUUGGUAAAAUAAAUUUUAAGUUAAAUACAAAACCAGUCAAUUGUAUUCCUAAAAAAAAGAAUAUUGAUGACACAACUGAUACAAGCACUGGGUUUGGAACAAUUAACAAAUCAAUGCUUCAAGAAAAUGUACAGAGUACAUCUAGAGGUUUUGGCAGUUUUGGUAAAACACCAAUUGAACAAAAUUCUGAAGCUAUCAUUGAAUUAAAUCCUGAGGAAGAAGAAGAAAAUAAUAAAAUAAAAACUCUCAUGGGUAUGUCAUCGUUUGGCAAGAAAGCAAGGUCUUUUGAUGUGCAAGAGAUGAUGGAAAACAUUAAAAAAACUGUUAAAAUUAAUAAACCUGACGGUAAAACUAAUUGUGAGAUCAGUCAGCCAGAAAGUAAUAGUUCAAAUGAUGACAGUGAUGAUGAUUUGAUUGGUCCACCUAUACCUGUAGAUAUUAAAGAAACAGAAAAGGAAAGUACAAGUGCAAAAGUGAAAAGCAAGAAAGAGGAAAACGUGGAUGAUGAAGAAGAUAGUAGCGAGGAUAGUAAUGAUGAUAGAGAGGAAGAAACAAGUUUAGUGAAUAGAAUUCCUUGUACUCACCAAGUAUCGAUGACUCAUGGCACAAAGGCAGUAACAGCUAUAGCAGCAGAUCCAUCUGGAGCUCGCCUAGCAUCGGGUUCAGUAGAUUAUGAUCUGUCAUUUUGGGAUUUUGGUGGAAUGGAUGCUUCUUUGAAAAGUUUUAGAACCCUUCAGCCAUGCGAGAAUCACCCCAUCAAGUGUCUUCAGUAUUCCAUGACAGGUGACAUGAUUCUUGUGCUUUCUGGAUCAGCACAGGCAAAGGUUCUGGAUAGAGAUGGUUUCGAAAAAUGUGAAACUGUGAAAGGAGAUCAGUACAUAAGUGACAUGGCCCGAACCAAGGGACACACUGCAUCCUUGAACAGCGGUUGCUGGCAUCCAUACACCAAAGAAGAGUACCUUACUUGCUCCCAGGAUAGCACCUGCAGAAUAUGGAUUCUGUACAAGCCAAAAGCGCAUAAGGCUCUGAUAAAGUGCAGAGCCGCAAACGGCGUGAAAACCGUGCCGACAAGUUGUGCCUACAGCAGGGAAGGCUCAGUCGUGGCCUGUGGCUGCUUCGACGGCUCGAUACAGAUGUGGGAUCACAGGAAGAACUUCGUAAAUCCGUCUCUGAUCAACAGGACGGCCCACGGCCAGGGCAACGAAAUUUCCAGCCUGAGCUUCUCCUACCUUAAUAACAUGCUGGCCUCGCGCAGCUGCGACGACAGCCUGAAGCUCUGGGAUCUAAGGUCGUUCAAGUCGCCUCUGCUCACGGUGACCGAUCUCUUUUCUCGCUAUGACUCGACGGACUGCAUGUUUAGUCCCGACGACUCGAUGAUCAUCACGGGCGAAUCUCUGGCCAAGGGCAAAUCCGCGGGCAAGUGUCUGUUCUACAACACCAAGACGUUCGAGCUGGUGCACGAGAUCGAAGUCACCAACUCGCACGUGAUCAAGACCCUGUGGCACCCGAAGCUCAAUCAGAUAUUUGUUGGCUGCGGCAACGGCAUCGUCAAGUGCUACUACGACAUCAAGAAAAGCUUGCGAGGCGCCAAGCUCUGUGUGGUCAAGCAAAGGUACAAGCAAAAGCAGGUAGAGAUGGUGUCGACGCAGCAGAUCAUCACGCCCCACGCGUUACCGCUGUUCCGCCAGGACCGACCCAAGUCCGUGAGGAAGCAGAUGGAAAAGGACAGGUUGGAUCCCGUCAAGUCUCGACGACCAGACCUGCCCAUCACCUCGGGGCAGGGCGGCAGAGUCGCCUCCUCCGGCGGUACGCUUAGCUCCUAUGUCAUUCGCAACCUGGGACUGAGCAAAAGGGUCGAGGACAAUCAGGAUCCUCGCGAAGCUAUUUUGAAGUACGCCGAGAUCGCCGAAAAAGAUCCUAUCUACGUUACUCCGGCUUACAAAAAGACUCAGCCGAAGCCGAUAUUUCGUACCGAUAACGACGACGACGACGACGACGUCGAUGACGAGCCCUCCGGUAAAAGGCAAAAGACUUAAAAUUAAUUUAGCCAUUGUCAUUUGUUGUAAGCCAA